AUGGGCAGAAAGCUGCGACACGUGCUGGUUUUCCUUCUCAUCAUCCUGAAGGAGCCCAACAUGCCGGAUUCAUUAGGUAACUGCAAAUGUGAAACAUUUGCUGAUUGCGACUGUAAACCAUCAUCACAGCACUGCAGAAAGGGCCUCACCAGUAUCCCUCAGAAACUCCCAACAUCCAUUUCUUUGUUAGAUUUAAGAUAUAACAGCAUUACAUGUGUAAAGCAGUCUGAGCUAUUACGGUAUAAGAAUUUAUCUGAGUUGUGCCUGAAUAACAACAAUAUAACUACCAUCCCUUCUGGUACAUUUGCUAAUCUGUCAGAGCUACAAUAUUUAUUCCUUCGAAGAAACCAGAUAACUACCAUCCAUUCUGGUGCAUUUGGAAAUCUACCCGAGCUAAAAAGGUUGUCUCUCAGAUUGAACCAGAUAACUACCAUCCAUUCUGGUGCAUUCACCAAUCUGCCCAAGCUACAAGAGUUGCCCCUGGAAGACAACCAGAUAACUACCAUCCCUUCUGGUACAUUUGCUAAUCUGCCAGAGCUACAAAAUUUAUUCCUUCAAAGAAACCAGAUAAGUACCAUCCAUUCUGGUGCAUUUACUAAUCUGCCCCAGCUACAAAAGUUGUCCCUGUCCUACAACCAGAUAACUACCAUCCAUUCUGGUGCAUUCACCAAUCUGCCCAAGCUACAAGAGUUGUCCCUGGAAUACAGCCAGAUAACUACCAUCCAUUCUGGUACAUUUGCUAAUCUGCCAGAGCUACAAUAUUUAUUCCUUCGAGGAAACCAGAUAACUACCAUCCAUUCUGGUGCAUUUAGAAAUCUGCCCGAGCUAAAAAAGUUGUAUCUCAGAUCGAACCAGAUAACUACCAUCGAUUCUGGUGCAUUUGCAAAUCUGACACAGCUACAAGGGUUGGGCCUGAGCGUCAACCAGAUCGCUAUCUUCCCUUUUGGUACAUUUGCAAAACUGCCCCAUCUACAAAGGUUGGCCCUGGACAAAAACCAGAUAACUACCAUCCCUUCUGGUAUAUUUGCAAAUCUGCCCAAGCUACAGAAAUUGGAACUGAAAUACAACCAGAUAACUACCGUCCAUUCUGGCAUAUUUUCAAAUCUACCCCAGCUAACAAUCUUGGGGCUACAAGCCAGAAUCUGCUCCCAGUUCCCCCCAGCCGACCGCAUCAACACGGAUAGCUGA